UCUCUUCAUUUAAGCACGACUCUGCAGAAGGAACAAAGCACCCUCCCCACUGGGCUCCUGGUUGCAGAGCUCCAAGUCCUCACACAGAUACACCUGUUUGAGAAGCAGCAGGCAAGAAAGACGCAAGCCCAGAGGUCCAUCCAAGCUGAGCGAUCGCGCUGACUCAAGAAAAAGCCUUUGGGACCAACGAAACUUUCCCCUGAUCAUCAAGAAUCUUAAGAUAGAAGACUCAGAUACUUACAUCUGUGAAGUGGAGGACCAGAAGGAGGAGGUGCAAUUGCUAGUGUUUGGAUUGACUGCCAACUCUGACACCCACCUGCUUCAGGGGCAGAGCCUGACCCUGACCUUGGAGGGCCCCCCUGGUAGUAGCCCCUCAGUGCAAUGCAGGAGUCCAAGGGGUAAAAACAUACAGGGGGGGAAGACCCUCUCCGUGUCUCAGCUGGAGCUCCAGGAUAGUGGCACCUGGACAUGCACUGUCUUGCAGGACCAGAAGAAGGUGGAGUUCAAAAUAGACAUCGUGGUGCUAGGGUGAUGAAUAUGCCUCUAAGGAGUGGAAGCCAAAUGGCUUCUGUAGUCCAGGAAUCCUAAGGACAGCAAGGAUCCCCUGUGGCUGGGCUGCUCUGUGAUGGCUUCCGGGAGGAGGGAGGUGGUCCGCUGUAGGAAAAUGCUGGGUGGAAGAGGGGAGAGAAGGCUGGAGAGGUAGGAAGGAACUGAAGUAUCUGAAAUGACAAGGUGGGCGUCUGAACUCGUCAGGUCCCCUUCCAUCUCCCUGCUGCCCCCGCAUGCAGACCCCACUGGUGCACCCUCAUCUUCCUAUCUCCUCACCCAGGGUCUCUCCCUUCCCACCUCCAGCUUUCCAGAAGGCUUCCAGCACAGUCUAUAAGAAAGAGGGGGAACAGGUGGAGUUCUCCUUCCCACUCGCCUUUACAGUUGAAAAGCUGACGGGCAGUGGCGAGCUGUGCUGGCAGGCGGAGAGGGCUUCCUCCUCCAAGUCUUGGAUCACCUUUGACCUGAAGAACAAGGAAGUGUCUGUAAAACGGGUUACCCAGGACCCUAAGCUCCAGAUGGACAAGAAGCUCCCGCUGCACCUCACCCUGCCCCAGGCCUUGCCUCAGUAUGCUGGCUCUGGAAACCUCACCCUGGACCUUGAAGCGAAAACAGGAAAGUUGCGUCAGGAAGUCAACCUCGUGGUGAUGACAGCCACUCAGCUCCGGGAAAAUUUGACCUGUGAGGUGUGGGGACCCACCUCCCCUAAGCUGAUGCUGAGCUUGAAACUGGAGAACAAGGAGGCAAAGGUCUCGAAGCGGGAGAAGGCGGUGUGGGUGCUGAACCCUGAGGCGGGGAUGUGGCAGUGUCUGCUGAGUGACUCGGGACAGGUCCUGCUGGAAUCCAACGUCAAGGUUCUGCCCACAUGGCCCACCCCGGUGCAGCCAAUGGCCCUGAUUGUGCUGGGGGGCGUCGCCGGCCUCCUGCUUUUCAUUGGGCUAGGCAUCUUCUUCUGUGUCAGGUGCCGGCACCGAAGGCGCCAAGCAGAGCGGAUGUCUCAGAUCAAAAGACUCCUCAGUGAGAAGAAGACCUGCCAGUGCCCUCACCGGUUUCAGAAGACAUGUAGCCCCAUUUGAGGCACGAGGCCAGGGAGAUCCCACUUGCAGCCUCCCCAGGUGUCUGCCCCGCGUUUCCCGUUGGGCUCAUGGCCUGCGGACCAGAUGAAUGUAGCAGAUCCCAGGCCUCUGGCCUCCUGCUCGCCUCCUCUACAAUUUGCCAUUGUUUCUCCUGGGUUAGGCCCCAGCUUCAUUGGUUGAGUGUUGCUCUCUAUUUUCCAGAGCCUUAAUCACACCAUUCUCCCCGCCGUUUCCUUUUUCCUUCAAGCCCUAGCCCUUCUCUCAUUCUUUCUCUCUGACCCUCUCCCCACUGCUCAUCUGGAUCCCAGGGGAGUGUCCAGGGCCAGCCCUGGCUGGCAUGGAGGGUGAGGCUGGGUGUCUGGAAGCACGGAGCAUGGGACUGUUCUUUUACAAGACAGGACCCUGGGACCAAGAGGGCAGGAACUUGCACAAAAUCACACAGCCAAGCCAGUCAAGGAUGGAUGCAGAUCCAGAGGUUUCUGGCAGCCAGUAUCUCCUGCCCCAUGCUGCCCGCUUCUCACCCUAUGUGGGUGGGGCCACAGACUCACAUCCUGACCUUGCACAAACAGCCCCUCUGGACACAGCCCCAUGUACACGGCCACAAGGGGUGUUUCACAUCCUCUGUCUAUUUGAGACUUACAAAAAUCCUACAAGGCUGGCAGUGACAGAACUAAGAUGAUCAUCUCCAGUUUACAGACCAGAACCAGAGCUCAGAGAGGCUAGAUGAUUGAUUACCAAAGGUCAUACAGCUAGCAAGUGCUGGAGUCGGGACUAACCCAGGUCCCUUGUCCCAAGUUCCACUGCUGCCUCUUGAAUGCAGGGACAAAUACCACACGGCUCUCACCAGUGGCUAGUGGUGGGUACUCAGUGUGUACUUUUGGGUUCACAGGAGCACAGCACCCAUGGGAAGGGCCCAUCUCAGAGAAUUUAUGAGCAGGCAUGAAGGCCUCCCUGUCUAAAAUCCCUCCUCCAUCCCCCGCUGGUGGCAGAAUCUGUUACCAGAGGACAAAGCUUUUGGCUUUUCUAACCAGAGUGCAGGCUGGGAGCACAGGCACUGUAGGAGAGAACGCCCAGUGACCAGCCACUGACCCUGUGCAGAACCUCCUGGAAGCGAGCUUUGCUGGGAGAGGGGGUAGCUAGCCUGAGAGGGAACCCUCUAAGGGACCUCAAAGGUGAUUGUGCCAGGCUCUGCGCCUGCCCCACACCCUCCCUUACCCUCCUCCAGACCUUUCAGGACACAGGGAAAUCAGGGUUACAAAUCGUCUUCUUGAUCCACUUCUCUCAGGAUCCCCUCUCUUCCUACCCUUCCUCACCACUUCCCUCAGUCCCAACUCCUUUUCCCUAUUUCCUUCUCCUCCUGUCUUUAAAGGCUGCCUCUUCCAGGAAGACCACCCUAUUGCUGCUGGGGCUCCCCAUUUGCUUACUUUGCAUUUGUGCCCACUCUCCACCCCUGCUCCCCUGAGCUGAAAGAAAAAUACAAUAAACUUAC